AUGCCAGCUCUAACUGGUGCCGCUCCUUCACCUCCCAUAUCGGCCUGGUUGGUCAUUUGCGAAUCUGCCACGCAGAGACCGGUGAGUCAGUGCCUGGAACACCAACCUACACUCACCGCUUUCGCCUUCACUGUGUACAUUGCGCCCUCACACUCACUCACCGUAUGCGUCUUUUCAGCCACAUGCCAUCCACGAGGGCGGAAUCGACCGCAGUCUCGACACAUCUAGCACCUCCUGCGCAUCCACCUUGCCUGGCCCAAUGCACACCCCGCCACCCAGCGCGUCCACCAACAGCAGCUGCACCACUGCCAUCGUCUUCGAAACCGACACUGACACCGCCGACUUUUCCUGUCCCCACUGUCCCCGUACAUCAUCUCAUACAUCAGCCUAG